GCAGCAGCAGAAUAGCGCUGACUGAGGCUCGAGCGCCUCUGGAGAAGAGCCGCAGCACCAGCAGUGUGAUGGACGCGGGGCUUCAAAGCGCACGGAGGGCUUUUCCAGCAUCCGCGCGGUCAGUCGAGCGCUGCUGAUGCGUCGCUACACCGGGAUGCCAAAAGAGCUGGCAAUGGAGGGGGUAAAAUGUUGCAUCUGAGCGCGUUCCCGCGUCCUUCGCUUCCUUAACACGCGCCAGUGCUCGCUCGUUGCGCACAGAUUGCAGGACGGUGCGCGAAAGCCUUAACGCCUUAAAAAGGGACGAUGACAUCGUCGGUGUUUGUGGUGGCCAUGUCUACAGCUUUCCUCAACCCCAGUUUCGCCUUCAGCUCGCAUUUUGACUCAGGUGGCGCCCCCCUGAGCGAGCUGUCCUGGCCUUCUUCGCUGGCUGUGGUGGCCGUGUCCUUCUCUGGCCUCUUCACGUUCGUCUUCCUCAUGCUGGCCUGCCUGUGCUGUAAGAAGGGGGACAUCAGCUUCAAGGAGUUUGAGAACACUGAAGGUGAGGAGUACCAGGCUGACCUGUCCACUCUGGCCUCUCCAGGCUCCCAGGACGGCCCAGAUGUGUACAUCCUGCCCCUGACUGAGGUCUCCUUGCCAGUGGCCAAACAACCAGGUAGAUCAAUUCAGCUGCUGAAGUCAGCAGACCUUGGACGCCACAGCCUCCUUUACCUGAAGGAAAUUGGCCAGGAAUGGUUUGGCAAGGUUAUGCUGGGAGAGGUGAACGCUGGGCUCAGUACCACUCAGGUGGUGGUGAAGGAGCUGAAAGCCAGUGCCAGUGUUCAGGACCAGAUGCAGUUCCUGGAGGAGGCCCAACCUUACAGAACUCUCCAUCAUCCUGCCCUUAUGCAGUGCCUGGCCCAGUGCACGGAGGUGACGCCCUAUCUGCUGAUAAUGGAAUACUGUCCCCUGGGCGAUGUUAAGGGAUAUCUGCGCAGCUGCCGAGCUGCAGACUCAGCCACCCCCGACCCUUUGAUCCUCCAGCGAAUGGCAUGUGAAAUUGCCUCUGGACUUCUGUACCUCCACAAACAUAAUUACAUUCACAGUGACCUGGCGCUCAGGAACUGCCUGCUCAGUCCAGAGAUGACGGUGAAGAUCGGAGACUACGGCCUCUCCCACAGCAGGUACAAGGACGACUAUUUUGUGACGGCAGAUCAGAUUUGGGUGCCUCUGCGAUGGAUUGCCCCAGAACUCAUUGACGAGGUUCAUGGCAACUUGCUAGUGGUGGACCAGACCAAAGCCAGUAACGUCUGGUCACUGGGCGUGACAAUCUGGGAGCUGUUUGAGCUUGGAAACCAGCCAUACCGACACUACUCUGACAGACAGGUGUUGACUUACGCAGUGAAAGAGCAGCAGCUGAAGCUGCCAAAGCCUUUGCUGAAAGUGCCGCUGUCGGACCGCUGGUAUGAAGUUAUGCAGUUCUGCUGGCUCCAGCCAGAGCAGAGGCCCGUGGCAGAGGAGGUUCACCUCCUGCUGAACUACCUGUGCGCUAAGGGCACCAGCGAGACAGAGGAGGACUUCGAGAAACGUUGGAACUCCCUCAGACCCAGCCUAGGUUCCAGUGGUUCCCACAGAACCCCGACAGCAUCUGAGGUAGCCUCGUCUACUUCCUCCUUCCCUCUGCUAGAGCACUUCUCCACGGCUGACGGCUUCCAGUCGGAGAAUGGAGAUGACAUACUGACAGUCACUGAGACUAGCCAUGGGCUCAACUUUGAGUACAAGUGGGAGCAGGCAAGAGCUGAGCAGCCCUACUGCUCAUCUGCCAGUGGGCCUCUAGGAAGGAGCAAUCCCCAUUACCAAGAUAUCUAUUAUCCUGUCAACAGUUCUGCAGGAAGCUGCAAAAGGGACAGUGUCACUCUGGGAGUUUCCCCAUCAUAUUAUGAGUCAGAUCACCCAGGGGUCGUGCCGGUGCUGAGCGCCCACAGUCCAUCCGUGAGCAGUGAGUACUACAUCCGCAUUGAGGAACCUGUAGAGUGCAAUAUUAAUCUGGAGGAGGGAACUCUUGACUACAGUCCAGGAGUCGAAGCCAGCAGUAGAUGCUGUUCCACAAAUGACCUGAAAAGUCCCACAGAGGCUCAAACAAAUACAUACUGGUCAGCAGCAAAAGACUCUAAAAACAGUGCCAACGAUUCAGAUGGUAGCCCGCCUAUUUCCCUCACUUUGGAGCCAGUCCAUAGAGAAACUCUAAGCCCUUUAGAAUCUGUAGGUCAAUCAACUCAAUACUUCUCCCCCAGUGACAGAGACAGAUUCCACUGUGAACAGUCAGUCCUAACAGAAACUCAUCUUGGGUCUGGGAAUUGCCACUAUACAGGGGUACAAGAGAGCCCCCAUGGUGUGUCUUGGUCACUGAGCAGCCCUAGUCUAGGACACUGUGACCCUUUCCUUGAGGCCAGCCAAAGAACUGCAGAGAAAAGUAUGGCAAACGAGACCUAUUACGACAUGAUGGGCAACCUGCAAAAGCAUGUUGUCAGGCCACACUAUAUGAGCAUCGAUGUUGAAGCUGGCGAUGGCCUUCUUAUGGGUGCGGCUGAUCCUGAGGAUGACAACAAUCUGUUUGCAGACAAUGAAGCCACUAACUGGACCUCAAACCACUCGGCAAAUAAUAACAGCCUAAAUGCUGAUGGCAGACAAUCCAGGGGUUUCCAUGACACCUACCUUGAUUUGCACCAUACCACACCUUCCUCUCAUAUACAAAAUUCAAGGCCAAGGACAAUAUCAACAACAGCAGCACGGGACAACUCAAGUACCACAAGUAUCCCCUUCCAAACUCUCAAUCCACAAUCGUAUCUGGAGGCCACAGGAAACAACUCGUCCACCAUUGACAUUCCAUAUGCAGAUUCAGAAUGUGGGUCAUACAUUCGCCUCUGCUGUGAGGACAGUAGGGAGGUAGAGUCAUCCGCUAAAUUUCCUUCAGCCCAAGAAAACUACCAAAUAAUUCACCCGGCACAGAAGAGCAAACCUCAUUUGCAUGUCAGAGAGAAUCCCGUACACCUCCCAGUAGGGGGUUACACUAGUACGAGCGCAGCUGUCUCUCUUUCAGCAGAGACGGCAAUGAUUCAACAGGAACUCUUCACCGACAGAAGCACAAGCCCUGCACAAGACAUAACCCUGCGACCGGAGGGUCCUACUGCAUUCAACGGGAAGAAGAUUUCCCCAUGCUCCAAGGCUUUGUCUGAGUCAGUCUCUGAGUGCAUUCAUACAGGGGACAGUUGGGUGGAGCCCGGCUGCUCCAGUAUUAGCCUUGUGGACAUUGAUGACUGCAGUGAUGAAGACAUCACUGACCUUACUGCUGGUAUGUUUCCAGACUCUCCUGUAGACUACGCGGAAGUAGGCGAAGUUAACCUGGCGCAAAGCUGUGACUCUGAAAACAUUAUUGACCUUGCAUCAAGUAGCAGUCCAUCUGAGGCCUUCAGUCCAGAUGCCUACCACAUGUCCAUCCACCCAAAAUCGCUGGACAGUGGCUACGACACAGAGAACAAUGAGUCUCCUGAGUUUGUCUUGAAAGACCUGGAUGGGAUGCCAGUCCUGAGUACCAGCGUGGAAUCAGAGUGUGAAAUGGUCCUCCAGAUGGACCUUGAAGAUGUUGAGGAUGUAGUCGUGACCCCUGCUUGCAAAGGUAAGCUGCAAUUGACAAGUCUGGGAGAAAGAAACCAGUACAGGGACUCUGCCUAUUUUUCAGACUAUGACGCAGAGAACGAUAAAAGUCCCUGUGAUGGAGGAAGCGCCUUUUUUGAUAAUCAAGUGGAAGAUGAAGUGUUUGGGCAAAAACCUACAAAAGACACCGCUCUCAGAAAGACUGGGAAAGAGCGGGGUUUCCCGGUGAGCCAAAGGGAGGAGGCCUAUCAUUUCACAAGACUCACAGAUUGCACAGAUGAUGCUGUGCUCAGUGCCAAGCAGUUGUGUCUAGAGAAGAAGAUGAACACAGGCUCUGAUCUAGCGUCAGCUCCUGCAUCAGCUCCAGGGAUCAACAUGCUUUCCCCUUUUCCACCUGAGAUGGGAGGCUGUUUGACCAAGGAACCUGCUCCAGAUGAUGGACUUGGGCUAGAAUCUGAACACUCUGGAGAAGAUCCGGCUUCGGAAUGCUGCUCCAACACAGCCUCUGAAGGCUCGUCUACAACACAGGAAGCAACAGCGAUGGAGGACCAAGCGAACGGCUCCACCAAGGACUUCUCAUCUGCGGAGUCGCUAGGUUCAGACUCCACAAUUGUAGAGUUUAGCCGGGAGAUCGUGGACGAAGCUGAUCUUGAGGAUUGUGAGAACGGAGAAGAUCAGGAGGAGCAGAGUGAAGGUGAGCCGGUGGAAGGGGGCAGCAUAGUGCAGGCACUUUUGAGAGUGAAGCGUGACAGUUCUCUGGACAACAUUUUACCUGCCUUACCAGAGGACCUGGACAUACCGGCACCCCUAGGGAAUGGCGAGGAAGCAGACGAGGAUGACACUGAUGACAGUGAUGAGUCUGAUGAAGAGCUGCGAAGCUACAGUGUUCAAGAUCAGGAUGAGGAGAGCGAGGAAGAGUUCACAACCGUGCCCGUGGUGGUCAGUGAUCGGAGUAGUGCUAGUCAUCUGCGUAGCCUCCUCAAAAUGCCAACACUGCUCACUCAGUCGUUUUGUGACGAGUUGGAGCCCAAGAAAAAAGCUGUCUCGUUCUUUGAUGACGUCACAGUGUUCUUGUUUGAUCAGGAGAGCCCUACAGGAGAACUAGCGGAAUACACCUUUCCACCAGGGACAGAAGCCAACGGCCAGGCUGCAGAUGAUGAACAGCUGCAAACACAAAAUCGAGUCAGUGCCUCUGAAAAUUCCACCGAUGGAAAUGCCUCAGAAGAAGGUGGAUCGUUUGAAUGGGAGGAAGACUUUCCCAGUCCUUCAUCAUUAGAACCUGCCUCUGAUGGUAUCAGCACACCCCCUAACUCUCCAGUCAAGUCUCCUGAAGAGAAACCAGCACCCCAGUUCUCCCGCUUUAGUGUUUCCCGUUUCUCCAUUACACAGGUGUCUGACUCGGACAUGGAUACCGUUGGAGGAAACGGCAUGGAUGGAGAUCGGGAGUGAAAUUCCAGCUGGGAAACAGAAAGGACAGCAAAUCCAGAAUUCUGGCCUGAACGGGCUGUAGAUUCUCUUUCUUGUUUUUUUAAAUGUCCUGGACGAGGGGUCCUCUGAAUCCGAUAUCCUUUUCGGACACAGUGCCUCAUACUGUAGUGGAAUGACAUUAGCCUUCCUUCCUUCCUUCCUUCCUUAUUUUUGUCCCUAGACAGGUGGCAGUAGUGUGACAUAGUCUGAUAAGGACAACAACAGAUAAAAGAGGAGAAAAAAAUAAGUCUAUAUAUAUCAGAAGAAUUUUAUUAUGUAUGUAUUACAAAAAUAAUAUAUAAGAAGAUAACUUAUUUGCAACAUUCAGUAUCAACACUCUCAUACUGCAACAAAUCAUUUUUUACAAACUGUAGCAACCAUAGAAGGUGUUAGAUCCAUUCCUGCACUGCUGAUUGGCUUGCGGUGCUUCAUUUGAUCACUCAUUCCUUCAGAUCUUCCAGAUACCAGUGUGGGAGUCAGUAGGCUUUGGGAAAGCGGGUGUAGGUGUGGUGGGUGCCCAAAUAAGCCAGAAACAAACGCCUUCCAACAAACCAACAAACCCUUUGGAUUCUGGAUGAAAUCCGUAGUCGUUAAUGGAGGCCAUUAUGGAGGCUUCUGGCUGCUUUAAGCUAAGAUGUCGUAGCUCAGGUAAAUCGUAUGGAUCUUAAGGAUUGGUACAAGACAAAUUGGUACAUAUGGAAUCAGUCAAAGUCUUAAAUCUUAAACCACUUCACAAGGACGCUCCUGUCUUGACAUAUCUUCUAUCUCACUGUAGACCCCUCCCCAAACCUUUGUGCUGCUAUAUACGUUUUGAAGACAAGGCAAAGAUUAAGUACAGUGAAUGCACUUUCUUGAAACCUGGAGGUCAUGUGCAUAUUAGGGCGUUUUCACACCUAAAAAAAAAAAAAAAAAGUCAUGUCCAGUGUCUGAACCAAGCUGUGUCUGUUACAUUUACGUGUAUUUACAUGUAGCUUUUCUACGUUUUGUAAUUGACAAUUCUUGAUUGAUUUGUUGAUUGGCAGGUUAAGAGAAAGUGUUUGGCAAGUUGCACUUCUAUGUGUUGUACCGAAUUCAACUCCAUCCAUCACACAGCAGAAUGAUCGUAACAGGUCUCUCAUAUUUCUUUUUUCCUGUUUAGAAAUAAGGGUUAGUCUACAGUUACAGUAGAUACAGGAAUCACUGCUGCGUGAUGAACGUACACACGAAGGGAAGCCCGAUUUCAGCCCAGCACCAGUUCUUUUUUCUUCUACUUUUGUUUAAUAGGCAACGACAGACUGCCUCAGCUUUCUGUAAUUGAUCUGAAAAUCUGGGCCAUUUAUUAUACAGCUCUGGAAAAAAAAAUAAGACACCACCUAAAAAUGAUGAGUUUCUUUGAUUUGACCAAAUUGAAAACCUCUGGAAUAUAAUCAAGAGGGAGAUGGAUGAUCACAAGCCAUCAAACCAAGCUGAACUUCUUGAAUUUUUGCACCAGGUGUGGCAUAAAGUUAUCCAAAAGCAGUGUGUAAGACUGGUGGAGGAGAACAUGCCAAGAUGUGAUUAAAAACCAGGGUUAUUCCACCAAAUAUGGAUUUCUGAACUUUUAAAAUUUUAUGAAUAUAAACUUUUUUUUUUUUUUGCAUUAUUUAAGGUCUGAAAGCUCAGCAUCUUUUUUAUUCAUCUUUAUUUCAGCCAUUUCUCAUUUUAUGCAAAUAAAUGUUCUAAAUGACACGUUUUA